CGGCGUUACUGCUCAUCUGCUCAUUACCAUUCUAAUUUCGAUGGCUCGUCGCAUUAACACACAUUUACCAUCAACAUAAUAAGAGCGCGGGUGAAAUUAUAAAUUGUGGAGCGAAUUAGAAGCGCGAUAUUCUUCGAAACGGAAAAGACGGUUCUCUACAAUACAUUUGGACGAUUUUGUCUGAAAAAUAGUUUUUUCUUUAUUAUUAUUCAAGUAAAAGCUAUGUAAUUUUUCUUUAUAAUAAAAAUUCCAAUUCCUUUUUCUUCCUGCAUUUUCUAACUUAAAAAUAAAUUGGAUCGUUGGCGAGAGGAGAUUUCAUGACGGCCAUUCGAUUCCUAUCGUGCGUGUCUGAUCGCUUUCAAAAGUAAUAACGAUUAUCAGAACUCAAAGUUAGCUAUCAAAUUCGAUCCCGCGUCACCUGACCAGCUGCCAUUGCCUCAUUAACAUAUAAAUUAGACGCCGCACAACGAGUCUUGCUUCUCGUUUUCAAACACGACACCUUUUUCCUCUGCUAAAACGCGGAAACUAUGAUUGGGCGAACGGAGGGCUCGUUCUGUUAUCAAAAUGAAUCGGCAUAUAAAUGAAAAACAUGUUUUUUUUUUUCUAGAACCCUAUCUUAUUAUACGGAGAGAAUUUUCUUUUAAAAUUUACCCUCAAAAUCUGGUUAUUGUGGGAUAAAUGUAUGACCUCGAGGAAUUUUACUAUACUUUUAGUAAAUUGUACUAAAAGCAUAGUAAAUUUUACUAUACUUUCGGUAAAUUUUACUAAAAAGUAUAGCAAAAUUCCUCGAGAUCACACAUUAUCCCAAAAUUACCAGAUUUUGAGGGUAAAUUCUAAGAGAAAAUUCUCUCCGCGUGACGUCAUCGAUGCAGCACGAUAACUUCACACUGAUAUUUCAGCAAAUAUCGCGAACUGAACGCAUCGACGACAAAGUGAUCAGCCAAUUAUCGUUACAAUCGAUCUCGAGAAGUCACACUCGCCGCGGAGCAGCGAUCUCGACGAAGGAUUUAGUAGGCGAUAAAGAGCCGAAGAUAAAGCCACCCUCUUUCCGACAAAAAUCGAGCUCGGAGCUGGAAAGGGCCGGGGCCGCCGCCGACGACGACGACGACGACGACGACGACGUCGUCGUCGUCCCGCACCGCACCGGUAGGGUAGCUGCCUCUAGUACCGGCACCUAAUCAAGCAAUAACUAUUUGUCAGUUCCCCGGGCAACCUAAAUCCAAGCUAAUUCGACAUCCGUGUCGGACACAGAUUCGCUAUCGGGUAUCUCUUUCUAUCUGGACGACAGCAUAUUCGCAUUAGCCUGCCCCGCAACCCACGCUCGAUCGACUCUCUCGACCACCGUCAGCAGUCCUCCUCCUCCUCCUCCCCCUUCUGCCCCCUCCUCCUUCCUUUCCUCCUCGGUCCUCCUACCCUUCGUCCGCCACCAUCAUGAUUCUCAUUCACUCCGGACGUCCCUCGAUCGCCGUCUCUUUCUCUCUCUCUCUUUCUCUCUCCGCUCUCUCUCCCGCUUUUCGCUAAGUACGCCAUAUACUCGCGCGCGCGUCACACCAUAGGACGAGAUCUCGACACGAUUAGGGCGGUACUCAAUUCGACGUUUCGUCGAUUCGGUCCUUUCUUUCUCCUCCGCCUUUACGCCCCGAAUCCGCAGCUCGAGUGAGUUUUUCCUCGGAUAAGCGUGGCGGCAACUCUUCCUCCCGCUAAGCGAGCGAGCGGGAUUUUCUGCGGACGAGCGCGCCGAAACGGAGGGCGGAGGGAGGAAAUGGCUUUCGAUUCGGGGACGGGUUCACUUUGUUAAUGUGACAAAUCGAGACGCCGGCGAUUCGACGGGGGAGUCGACCUGGGCCGCGUACCGUUGCGCAGAUCGCUGCGGGAAUUCACGAGGAGGAUUCUCCCGAGGAGAGGAAGAGAACGAGAGAGAGAGAGGAAGAGAGAGAGAAAGAUAAAGAUUCGCGUAUCCCGACGCUGAACGCGCCAGCCAGCGAGCGCGAGUGUACGUCCGGUAAUUUUUUGGCGGGAAUACGGAGAAUGGAUUAGAUUGAUCGCCUUUUCGACGAGUAUCCCUCGCGCAAGAACGCGAAAUGAGAAAUGAGGACCGUCUGAAAGGCACGGAAUCUCGGAACGCGAUUAGAACACGCCGUGUGGUAUACGGUUGCCAGAGAAAUCUGCAUUUAUUUCGCGCACUGACCGACCAUUACGACGAGCGCAAGUCGACCGACCGACUUGAAAUGGACGCGAAGGAGAGAGAGAACGCGAUCGCCAGUCCGGAGCCGGGAGGAGAGGAGAGACCGCUACUGAAAGACGAGAGAGAGAGAGAGAGAUCGUCAUCGUCGUUAGUCAUUCCCGCUUGAAUAUGCGUGGAAUAAGAUCUCAGGGGAGAAACCAUCUGUCACAAUGCCGCGCUCGACGUCGCUCGCGCUACAGACACUCGAUAAAUUAUCGCGUGAUGAGAGCUUCCGUGAAUCCCCCCCCCCUCUAUCUCUCUCUCUCUCUCUCUCUCUCUCUCGCUCUCUCUGUUCACCGAUACCAGCAAUCGCGGGACGAGAUAACGACGGGAGAGGAAGGGCUAAUUCGUCACUGAAACAAUAUAUUUCGACCGAACGACGCGACAAUAUUAUUAUCCCGAUUCCAACAGGAAACUUAAAGGAGAGAAAAACUUACGCCUGAAUAUAAAUAUAGAUCGCUACCUACGCGCGCGCGAAGGGAGAUCCGCUGGCUCUGUCCCGGGGUAGGUUCAAUUAAGCCCCUAUUACACUUUUACAUGGGCCCGCAUUAAGGCUCGCAGCUGGUCGCGAAGUCGGAUAUUAUUUAUCGGUUGACUUACGCCGGGCUCAUUUGCCCGACAAAAGGGGCCCCCACGAGGGAGGGUGAGGAGGGGGGAGAGGGGGAGAGAAGGCGCGCGGAGAUCGAGGUGCGCGCGGGCCCGCCGAUUGGCCGGACCCCGGCGAGCCGCCCCGCCGAUUGGACGCUCGCGCUCGCGCUCUCACGAAACGGUCGGACACCGUCGUCGUCGUCGGCAACGACGAGAGAUGAUAGAAUAUCUUAUUAGUCGGACAAUGGGCAAUCAGAGACGCCAUACAGCCUCUCUGUUAGCGGUCCAGUCUCUCCGCCGGCCGUGCGUUCGUUCGUCCGUCCGUCCGUCUGUCCUACAUGCAGCCCGUGGGCAUUCAAGGCCGCCGACGGGGCCCCGCCGACGUCUCGUCAUCAGGCCGCCCGAUUCACCAGUCUCCGUGUUAUCCUCGUCGUUGUCUCCUUCCUACCUCGCGAGAUAUGAAUUAAAAGAGCUCCAUGGAUGAUACACACUACGCGAUAUUUUUCGCGGUUAUGGACGGCGAAGGAGGCAUCGACUUGAUACGUCGUCGUCGUCGUCGUUCUAACUAUCGAAAUUGUUGUGGUAGAUUUACUCACCGAGACACGAGGCUACUGCGACGUGUCGGCCACUCGGAAUGUCCGGUGUCCGGACUCGAUGUCGAGUCAUUGAUGCCUGGGUCCGCCGAGCGUUGCUCGUCCCGCUCGUUCACACGCACAACGGCACUCGCGACACUCCCGACCGGCCGGAUUCGACGAAAUUUUGUCCAGAUCCCUCGAGGGACGAUUACGAUUACACGUACGCGUAUAUUUCCUCCCGCGCCGCGCACUCGCAACGAAUAACAAUCACUUAGCUGCCGGCUCGUUAACCUAAAUUCCCCGCGGAAUCUCCGAGAAGUCGAGAAAAGAUAAUCGCGACGACACCCGACUGGAGUGGACGCUUCCGAGAGGAAAAAAAAACAAACAUGGCGGAGGAGAGUCACGGUCGCCCACGAGCGGAACUAACCAAAACAUUGUCCCGUACCACGAUCGUUGUCCAUCGCGCCGUUGUAUCUCGACACGCACUCGCGACGCCGAUUGAAUGUGAGGUUAACCAGAAAACAACGGCGACGCACUGUCGAGAGGAAUGCGUCGAUGCAUACGCGAACGACGACGGAGCGACCGAGUGUCUCCGUCGCGCGAGGAAAAGACGACGCUCGCCCAAGGGCGAGCCGAGGACACAAGCUACCGGCACGGACGGCGCACUAGAUUCGACGCUCGUUCGGUCACUGCCUCACGCGAACGAGAAUUCGCCUAGCGAUGUGUGGACAUCGCCGCCGAAACUCCAGAACGAUCUCGACGACUCCGCGACGAUUCGCGACUACACGACGCGACGCGAAGUUAGGCGACGUGAAACGAUCACGCGGGGUCACGUGAUUGCACCUUUCUUCUUCCGAUUUUGCGGAAAAGGCGCGGAACACGAAAUUGGGUUGUUUUUUUUUCACAGCUAGACAGGCUCUUUCCAUUUUUUUUUUCUUUCAUUCUCGUCAUCUUCGAGGUUUAACAGCGUGACUGUUUCACUUUCAGCGCCGUGAAGCUUGGAAAAAUAGUUCGCGAGUUCGAUUAUUUAUGUCUAAAUUCGGAUACUUCAUGAUCGUAUUUGCCGCCGGGUGUAUUUAUUUCCAAUCGCAAAUCGAUGCUGAGCAACGCGGAGAAAGAACGAGAUAUUCUUGCGAUCGGUUUAUUGUCGCGAAACGUGAUAUCGCUGAAGAAAACGAUAGGCUAACGCUAAAGAGGUGAUUUACUCGUGACGUAUUAUUUUCGUAUGCCCGAUACAGAGCGGUACAUCUACCGACAAUUCCCCGUUUGGUAUUUCGCGAUGCCCGAUUUGCGCCUCGAACUGAAAAACUAUAAAUCCGAGUAUCGGAAAAACAUACAACUAACGUUUACGUUCUCUCUCGCAUAUCGCCACCUGAUUGGACGCGGGCGAAGCCGUGUUCUAACAUGACUCGUGAUAUUGUGCGUAUGUAUCUACAUUCAUGACGUUGAAAUUUUUGAGCGAUCACACCCGAAUACAUAAGCCGAAUACAUACGCGCAGUCGAUUCUUAUUUUAAGAUAUCGUAUCAAAUAAUAUGUUUUGAAAGGUUAAUAUCUAUGAUUGGAACGUGAUAUUAAGACAGAAAGAUGGUUUUAAAUAAAAGAUUAUGAAUAUCAACCAUAGACAGUACACGGCUCGACAGUAACGAAAGAAUCGAGGAAGCUACUGAUUUUACUAUUUUUCGUCAAAUCACGAAUGAAUCGCGUUAGAACCUGCCGGGCAUAUCUCAUGCCUCUUGCGCACUCCAUGCUUCAUACCGAGGAGAAAGAGCUAGGUUAACGUAUCUAUGAUGUAGCUAUGGUUCGCAAUUGAAAGAGGGCGUAUCAUACACGUAUGCAUGCGAUCCCUACAAAAUCCGCGCAUAGAUAAACGAAGAUGCAAAGUGUAAGAUCUUCUCAAGGUGUGCUUUCCAGCAGGACGCAGUGUAACACAGUGUCCAUUAAUGUAAAAAAAGAACAUACCAGUGUGUCUCACUCACACUAGUGGACAUUGUGUUACACUGUGUCUUGCCCGAAAGUACACAAGGUUAUUAGACCUAAGAUCGGUGGCGUUUAUCUUCCGUAAGAUUCUGACCAAUCACGUUACGUCUUAUCUGCUCGCGACCACUCGCGACCCAGCGCGUCUGGCGACGAGGCUCGGAAAAGACGCGGAAAAAAUGCGCCCGAUCGCACAUAGAGGGCACUGCCCAGCGACGCACAGGACACGGGGAGGUGCGGUCCACUUGACGCUGCUUCAGGUAUCGUUUAAUCCUUGUUUCGUAAUCGACGAAUAACAGGGAUAAAAUAAGUACACUCGGGUGAUAUUUUCGGACGAGGUGUCGAUCGGAAUCUGAUCAGAUAUGAAACCGUGCUGUCUCGCCACACGCUCCCCCGCGUCUUAUUGGUCGGCGUCCUGUGCCGUUCCCGCGUCUUCUCGCUCGUCCGAAGUGUAUCGCGAACGUGAUUGGUGGCCAGUGUCGAAAACAUGGCUGUCGAGUGAUUGUUGUCUCCCACGCCGAGGCUGCCGUUCCGCGUAAAUCGUGCGUAAGUAAUCGUCGGCGGUGUCGCGUAUAGACUCGAACGACCGCUUAAUCCGGUAAUUAACAUGCGUGUCAGGGGGCAUCGACGGGGCAGCUUUCUCGAUCGAGUAAUUCGUCGGUUUUUGACUCGCGUAUCUCGCGGGUGCGUUACCGACCGUUGCGAUCGACCGUUUGCGUCGUAAAUCGAUCGCGUUCGCUGCGUCUCGCGGCAUAAACGCGCCUGUGUGCGGAUGUGCGAUCGGGAGUGUCGGUUUUGUGCUCGGUUUAGCUUAAUUCUGAGUACUCUGUCAUUAGGGGCGUGCGUAUAAUGACUCCGCGAGUGGUUUCUCGAGCGGAUGGAGCUGUAGACUCUGGUGCCCGCGAGUGCCGCUCGCGAACGCCGCUGGCGAACGCGAGCAUUCGGGAGUGCGGGGUAAGUAGACGCGCGGCCAUUACUAUCAGGACGCGUCGCGAAUGUACAAAAGUACGGGAGUGCCGAAUGUAUGAGGAUACGCGAGUGCACUUGGAGGUGGUGAUGCUGCUGCUCCGAUCAGCCAGGGAAAUAUCCGGCGCGAGGGAGUGGGCAACGGCGCCACGUCGGAAAUCACGUGUGGAUGCAGAGGAAUGGAUGCACCUUCUACUCUGAGCACCAUGUCGGCCUUUUCGUUUUUCUUAAUGGUCACUCGUGGGGAACCCUGCACGGAAUACGGAUGUCCAGGACGACCGCAGUACGAGCCCUUCGUACCCGCGCCUCCAGGACACACUCCCCAUUGCGCACCACCGGGGCAGACCUUUUGCGAAACCCCGGACCACUAUCCGCGACAACUCAUCAAGUUUCUCGUCGACAAAUGCAGCUUCGACUUUAAUACUGCGCUGCAAGAUGAAUCCCGCGAAGAUUUCAACGUUUACAGUUCUCCUCCGGAUUAUAAUCAAGGCUAUGAUUAUCCGCGACAAGACGAUAGUCAAUUGUAUGCGCAAUUUCCUCUAAGUACAGAGCCAGCCUUAGUAUAUGGACCUCCGUCCAAUAACAGCCGUUAUCACGGCUACAAAAAUUCUGCGCUUAUCCAAUCGUCACAGAGGAAUCCGUUUCUUCCGGGAGUAACGUUAAAGUAUCAUCACAACGUCCAACGUCAGAUCGAUCGUGUUUAUUCGCAGGAAUACGCAGAAAGCGUGUUCCGACCGAACCAAUCGUGGCUGACGAAUAGGUAUUCGCAAAGUAACAAGAUAGCGCCGCGAAGCUACAACGUGAAUCCGUUGUUGGGAUACGCGAAGCCCAAGGGCGAUCGCGUGAAGAGGCAAUCGGAUCCGGAUGCCAUCAUCCUGUGUCCCACCCGGGCGCAGUACAUCGCUCCCCAAGCCGCUCUGAACAAACAGGGCAACUGGAUGUACGUUGUCAAUCUUCCGGAGCAGAACAAGUACACGCAGUUCGUCAGAAGCGAGACGUGCCUGAACGACGUGUGCAACGGCAUAUGUUCCAUCCCGGAGGGAUACAGGAGUCGGUGCCAGCAGCAAUACGUGCAGAAGAGACUGGUCGCGCUCGAGGGAAGCGGGAAUCGGCUUUACACCGACCUGUUCUGGCUUCCGCACGGUUGCUCGUGCCAGAUCAUACCGAAUUUCUGAGCCGAAAUUCUACGGUGCCGCGCGCUACGUAGAGCCUGCACGGGAUACAUGUAUUUUCAGGGGGUAAGAGCGCUAUUAAACGCGGUCGUACACGUCGUUCUCUUCGUCACGAUUGUAACUCAGCGGCACAGAGCGCGCCUGGCAACGGCAUCGAAAGUGGGUACCGAUAAUGUAGCGUUCUAUGAACGACGGCGGCGCGGUGCACACUGACGAGCAAUAAGCGUGUACCGCGACACCAGCGUAUUACCAGCGGUGUAAGGCGGGGACGUGUGGUUGCCAGCAUAUCGUUAAUUGCCAUUGUUAAUUGCGAAUCGCGUAAAACGACGUGAUUAUCCCGAGGACGUCGAUGAACGCUCUCGAAGUGUCUCUUUGCGCUUGAAGGGGCAGAGAAUCUUUCAGCGAGAGAUGUCGCUGCUCCGAUGUCACAUGAUAUAUUCCGUAUAUACUUGCGUCGCACAUUUAGCAUAAGAUAUUCAUACGUACAUGCAUAUAUAUAUAUAUAUAUAUAUAUAUAUAUAUAUAUAUAUAUAGUAUGUAUUUUUUUUAUAUACUUUAUUGUUUAGUAAAAAGUCAUCUCAAAUAUUCAUUAUUUAUCUGUCGGCAUGCUCGAUCGCUGAUUUGUUUUGAAUUCCUCAGAGGUAAAUCGCGCGAUAUGCGCACGCAUAUUAUCGCAGGUCGUUAAUUUUACGUCUAGCUGUUAAUUAUUAUUAAUCUCUUCCAUUUCAGCAACGUAUGAGAAUUCUGUUUUAGGGGACGUCGCGAGACAAAUACUUUGUUGUGUCGCCACGAUUGAGCUUAUUUAGACAAUAUAGGCAUUUCUCUCUAGUGAGAUCGAAGAGGGACGGCGGAAGGAAAUCUCGUAAUUGUGUAAUAAAACUUAAAAGCGGAUCUUUUAUGUGCGCUAUUUAUAGCGCGAGUAAAUGACGAAGACAAUACAUUUGCCACUGCCGAUAACUGAUAUUAACUGUUUUCGAUAAACGAAUCAUCGUGAAAUCGUGAUUAAAAAGGGGAAAAAUUAUUGUUGAGAAGAAAAAUAUAUUUGUGGAUCUUCGAAAUAAAUUAUUAUUUGAUAUUACGUAAAA